AUGAUCAGCUCGGUGUGUGUCUCGUCUUACCGAGGACGCAAGUCAGGUAACAAACCUCCGUCUAAGACAUGUCAGAAGGAAGAAAUGAUCAGGGGCGAAGACUCGGAAAAAAUUGUUAUCAAUGUUGGUGGCACAAGACACGAAACCUACAAGAGCACACUUAGGACCCUACCAGGGACGCGCCUGGCCUGGUUAGCCGACCCGCCAGAGCCGAACCCAGACAAGGACUCCCUCCCCGUAGGACCCAUAUCUCCAACUACAAACGAGUUAUUUUUCGACAGGCACCCUGGCAUAUUCGCUUAUGUGUUGAACUAUUACAGGACUGGCAAGCUUCAUUGCCCCGCCGAUGUCUGCGGGCCUCUUUUUGAAGAGGAGUUGGCGUUUUGGGGGAUAGAUGAGACCGACGUGGAGCCGUGUUGCUGGAUGACAUAUCGACAGCACCGAGACGCAGAGGAGGCACUGGACAUAUUCGAACCACCGGACCCAGAUGACACGGACGAUGAACUACCCAGACGGUUCGGCAUCGAGGACUGCCCGGACAGAUCGAGGGGAUGCUGCGAAGUUUGGCAACCAAAGAUAUGGGCUCUCUUCGAGGACCCAUACUCAUCCAGGGCUGCUAGAGUAAGUGUACCUUUUUUUUUUUUUUUGCAUAAUAAACCAUGCUUAUAAACCAGGGUCGCUACAAUAUUAUUGUAAUUUGUAGGAGUAGGCUUCCUGUUCACAAACUCCCACAGUUAAUCAUUAGAAUAAUGCAAUGAAAUCAACAGGUGUUCUAGAGCUUGUCAUUUUCGGCGCCUCGCGCCACCGACAACCAACAGGUGUGUCUGUUCUCACUUGCGUCUGACUGCUGUGGAACACCAAACAAGACAAGCCAGUAGCCGGAAAGAAUGUGCUGGUGCGGAAAUAGCAUCAUACAAGGAUGAUGUUGUGUCAUUAAGUUCAAAGCCAUAUUAUUUUACUGGGGUCGUUUAUAGUGCUUAAUUACGCAUAGAUUAUACAUAUUAAAUCCAAUUUUAUUGGUCACAUACACAUAUUUAGCAAACGUUAUUGCGGGUGUAGCGAAAUAAUACUAAUAUUUUACCCUCAAGGUUACCGUUAAUGACACGAGGAUUAUAUGACUGGAAUGCAAUCUCUUGCAUUAUGGACCACUGUAUAUAAACACGCUAAAGUAAAUAAUUCAAGUCCAAUUCAGAUGUUGAUGUCUUAUAGGCCUAUUUUCAAGUUCACUUAUGACUGUCCGGCCCUGGCACCUUAGCAUAGCAGCCAUCAGCAGCAUUAAUAGUUGUUAUCUCUCUGUCAUGAAUGGUUGUUAUAAUAAUAAUAUGCCAUUUAGCAGACACUUUCAUCCAAAGCAACUUACAGUCAUGUGGGCAUACAUUUUUACGAAUGGGUGGUCCCGGGGAUCGAACCCACUACCCUGGCGUUUACAAGCGCCAUGCUCUACCAAUUGAGCUACAGUCAUGAAUGUGUGUCAUAUGUGAUAUGCAAUGGGUUGUGUUUCAUGCUCAUCACUUAAAAAUAUACUCUUAUAUGUUUUGUAAGUAGGCAGGUUUCCAUUGACCCAAGUUUAUUUGACAAAAGCAAUGUCGCAAAAUGUAUUAUUGGACUUGUGCAAUGGAAACCGCAGAGAUGGGAGAGAUUUGAUCCGUUCGAGUGGAUUUUUCUUUUGUCUAACUUUCUUUAUUACAACAAAUGACGAUGGAAACUGUGUUUUUCAAAUAAAUGAUGAUUGUAGAAUACUUUUGAAGGUCCAUGGGGCACGUGAUGUCAUUACAUAACUAUAAGCUCCACUCCUCAUUUAAAGGGUAGGUAGCAUGAGUUUUUACUCACCAAAGUAACAACGUGGUCAAAGACUUAAGAACUUAGUUGUUGUCACGAUGUGGUUACCUAUAACUACAAAAGUAGUUAUGUUUUGGGGUUUUGAAAUAUUUAUCAACUUACUUGAGGAUAUCUUCGAAACUACCCACAAAGCACUAUUUCUCAACGUCAUAUGGAGAAUCUGCUCUGCGUUAGCUAGCUCGAGUAAUGCCAGCUAUGCUAGCAUGUCAUUACAUUCCAGACCGAGCAUUGGCAGUGGUGAGCUACAUUCCACCAAGCAUGAGGAGGUGUGAUAUUAACAACCAAUCAUUCAUGCUCCGCUGUUCCAGGCAGCUCUGACUUCUCCUCCUCUGGCAGGCUUGCCUCUGGUUCAACAUGAAAGUGGACAAUCAUUCUGGCCUGCUCUAAUUGUUUAGUACCUUGUCUGUUCUUUCGUUGCCCUAUAUUUGUUUUGUCAACCUUUUAGACCUGUUCUCUGUGAAGUAAGCUACCAGAGUUUUUCAACCUUGGCUUAGUGCUCCCUAUAUCACUUUUGGAUUAGCUACCCUCACUGACUCUUACCUCGGCUGAUGAAACUGCCUCUCCGUCUGAAGAACCUCUCUUCUUGGCUCUUCCUUGGUAGCUAACUCAGCCACUCGUUACCAUGGGAUGGGUAUCAGCCGUCAAUCUGUAAGUCUCCGCUCUCUCUUUAAUUUUUAUUUGCUUGCUUUGUUUUAGUUGUGUUCUGUGGUUUCCUGCUUGUGCUAGUUAUUGUUGCGUUGUUCUCUGGCUUACUACCUACAGUGGAAGUCGGAAGUUUACAUACACUUAGUUUGGAGUCAUUCAAACUCGUUUUUUAACCACUCCACACAUUUCUUGUAAAGAAACUAUAGUUUUGGCAAGUCGGUUAGGACUUCUACUUUGUGCAUGACACAAGUAAUUUUUCCAACAAUUGUUUACAGACAGAUUCUUUCACUUAUAAUUCACUGUAUCACAAUUCCAGUGGGUCAGAAGUUUACAUACACUAAGUUGACUGUGCAUUUAAACAGCUUGGAAAAUUCCAGAAAAUGAUGUCAUGGCGUUAGAAGCUUCUGAUAGGCUAAUUGACAUCAUUUGAGUCAAUUGGAGGUGUACCUGUGGAUGUAUUUCAAGGCCUACCUUCAAACUCAGUGGCUCUUUGCUUGACAUCAUGGGAAAAUUAAAAGAAAUCAGCCAAGACCUUAGAAAAAUAUUUGUAGACCUCCACAAGUCUUGUUCAUCCUUGGGAGCAAUUUCCAAACGCCUGAAGGUACCACGUUCAUCUGUACAAACAAUAGUAAGCAAGUAUAAACACCAUGGGACCACACAGCCAUCAUACCGCUCAGGAAGGAGACGCGUUCUGUCUCCUAGAGAUGAGCGUACUUUGGUGUAAAAAGUGCAAAUCAAUCCCAGAACAACAGCAAAGGACCUUGUGAAGAUGCUGGAGGAAACAGGUACAAAAGUAUCUAUAUCCGCAGUAAAACGAGUUCUAUAUCGACAUACAGUGGGGAAAAAAAGUAUUUACUCAGCCACCAAUUGUGCAAGUUCUUCCACUUAAAAAGAUGAGAGAGGCCUGUAAUUUUCAUCAUAGGUACACGUCAACUAUGACAGACAAAUUGAGCAUUUUUUUCUCCAGAAAAUCACAUUGUAGGAUUUUCUAUGAAUUUAUUUGCAAAUUAUGGUGGAAAAUAAGUAUUUGGUCACCUACAAACAAGCAAGAUUUCUGGCUCUCACAGACCUGUAACUUCUUCUUUAAGAGGCUCCUCUGUCCUCCACUCGUUACCUGUAUUAAUGGCACCUGUUUGAACUUGUUAUCAGUAUAAAAGACACCUGUCCACAACCUCAAACAGUCACACUCCAAACUCCACUAUGGCCAAGACCAAAGAGCUGUCAAAGGACACCAGAAACAAAAUUGUAGACCUGCACCAGGCUGGGAAGACUGAAUCUGCAAUAGGUAAGCAGCUUGGUUUGAAGAAAUCAACAGUAGGAGCAAUUAUUAGGAAAUGGAAGACAUACAAGACCACUGAUAAUCUCCCUCGAUCUGGGGCUCCACGCAAGAUCUCACCCCGUGGGGUCAAAAUGAUCACAAGAACGGUGAGCAAAAAUCCCAGAACCACACGGGGGGACCUAGUGAAUGACCUGCAGAGAGCUGGGACCAAAGUAACAAAGCCUACCAUCAGUAACUCACUACGCCGCCAGGGACUCAAAUCCUGCAGUGCCAGACGUGUCCCCCUGCUGAAGCCAGUACAUGUCCAGGCCCGUCUGAAGUUUGCUAGAGUGCAUUUGGAUGAUCCAAAAGAGGAUUGGGAGAAUGUCAUAUGGUCAGAUGAAACCAAAAUAUAACUUUUUGGUAAAAAUUCAACUCGUCGUGUUUGGAGGACAAAGAAUGCUGAGUUGCAUUCAAAGAACACCAUUCUUACUGUGAAGCAUGGGGGUGGAAACAUCAUGCUUUGGGGCUGUUUUUCUGCAAAGGGACCAGGACGACUGAUCCGUGUAAAGGAAAGAAUGAAUGGGGCCAUGUGUCGUGAGAUUUUGAGUGAAAACCUCCUUCCAUCAGCAAGGGCAUUGAAGAUGAAACGUGGCUGGGUCUUUCAGCAUGACAAUGAUCCCAAACACACCGCCCGGGCAACGAAGGAGUGGCUUCGUAAGAAGCAUUUCAAGGUCCUGGAGUGGCCUAGCCAGUCUCCAGAUCUCAACCCCAUAGAAAAUCUUUGGAGGGAGUUGAAAGUCUGUGUUGCCCAGCGACAGCCCCAAAACAUCACUGCUCUAGAGGAGAUCUGCAUGGAGGAAUGGGCCAAAAUACCAGCAACAGUGUGUGAAAACAUUGUGAAGACUUACAGAAAACGUUUGACCUGUGUCAUUGCCAACAAAGGGUAUAUAACAAAGUAUUGAGAAACUUUUGUUAUUGACCAAAUACUUAUUUUCCACCAUAAUUUGCAAAUAAAUUCAUAAAAAAUCCUACAAUGUGAUUUUCUGGAAUUUUAUUUCUCAUUUUGUCUGUCAUAGUUGACGUGUACCUAUGAUGAAAAUUACAGGCCUCUCUCAUCUUUUUAAGUGGGAGAACUUGCACAAUUGGUGGCUGACUAAAUACUUUUUGCCCCCACUGUACUAAUGACCAGCAGCAGCAUCAGAGCUCGGAGAAGCCUAGUUACUGUGACUAAACGGUCACGUGGAAUUUGACUGCCAUGACUCGUGACCGCCGGUGUGGCGGUGUGUCCACAUCACCAACAACGUAUCAUGGUCCAAACACACCAAGACAGUCCUGAAGAGGGCGUGACAACACCUUUUCCCCCUCAUGAGACUGAAAAGAUUUGGCCUGGGUCCCCAGAUCCUCAAAAAGUUAUACAGCUGCACCAUCGAGAGCAUCCUGAUGGGUUGCAUCAACGCCUGGUAUGGCAACUGCUCAGUAUCCGACCAUAAGGCACUACAGAGGGUACUGCAUACGGCCCAGUACAUCACUGGGGCCAAGCAUCCUGCCACCCAGGACCUCUAUACCAGGCGGUGUCAGAGGAAGGCCCAAAAAAUUGUCAAAGACUACAGUCACCCAAGUCAUAGACUGUUCUCUCUGCUACCGCACGGAAUGCGGUACCGGAGCGCCAAGUCUAGGUCCAAAAGGCUCCUUACCAGCUUCUACCCCCAAGCCAUAAGACUGCUGAACAAUUAAUCACAUGUCCACCCGGACUAUUUACAUUGACACCUCCCCCCCUUUGAUUUUACCCCUUUGAUUUUACACUGCUGCUACUCGCUGUUUAUUAUCUAUGCAUAGUCACUUUACCCCAACUACAUGUACCAAUUACCUCGACUAACCUGUAGCCCCGCACAUUGACUCAGUACCGGUACCCCCCUGUAUAAAGCCUCGGUAUUGUUAUUUUAUUGUGCUACUUUUUUAGUAAUUUUUUUAACUUUAGUUUAUUUCGUAAAUAUUUUCUUAACUCUAUGUCUUGAACUGCAUUGUUCGUUAAGGGCUUGUAAGUAAGCAUUUCACGGUAAGGUCUACACCUGUUGUAUUCGGCACAAAAUUUGAUUUGAUUUGGAAUACGGUCACCGCAACAGCCGUAGAUACAGCCAACUAGCGCAAAAAUAAUAUUGCAAUGUUGUCAAAGUGAUACGAUACGAUAUAUCGUAAAAAAUAAUAUCCCGAUAUGUAACUGUAUACAUUUGUUUCCCCAUCACUAUUGGAUAGCAACAUUGCAAGCUGAUUUGUAACUUUGAAAAUUCAUAAAGUAUUUGCUUGUAAGUUAAAUUGAAACCAGUAGUUGACAAGGUUUGGUUUAUUUUGAAGUUAUACAGGCAGGUAGCCUAGCGGUGAAGAGCUUUGGGUCAGUAACUGAAAGGUUGCUGGUUUGAAUCCCUGAGCUGACUAGGUGCGAAAUCUGUCGAUGUUCCUUUUAGCAAGGCACUUAACUGUAGUUGCUCUGGAUAAGACUGUCUGCUAAAUGACUGCUAAAUGUACAUUUUAAGAUAUUUAUGUCGGCGUUUACAUCAUAGGGAAUAGGCCGGCAGGACGAGGGAAUGUCUGAAUUGCUUCACCUUGCUUUUCUGGUUGGCUGGCAAGCUUCACCAUCCAAUUAGUUCAGGUCAACAGGAGUGCAAGUGUCACCAUGACACGGACCGUGGCAAUACGUUGGCACAUGAGGAAUAUUAGAAUAUGGCAAAUAUGAGUAAAUUAUUGCUUUCUAUCCCUGCUGUCUUUCUGAGACAUGAAACAGAUAGGUGGGAGGACAUACAGUCUGUCACCAAUUUAUUAAUGCUCAAUUUGCCUAAAUGGGUAAUAUAACACUUUAACCAAUACAUAUUUUUUAACAAUGUAGGUUUUAUUUUAUUUUAUUUUUUAGGUGUGACGUCAUUACUUCCGGCUGUUUUUAUUAUAAUAAUAAUAAUAAUAUGCCAUUUAGCAGACGCUUUUAUCCAAAGCGACUUACAGUCAUGCGUGCAUACAUUUUUGUGUAUGGGUGGUCCCGGGGAUCGAACCCACUACCUUGGCGUUACAAGCGCCGUGCUCUACCAGCUCUCUCAGCUGUAGCUGAGCUACAGAGGACACAAGAUAUUUCAAUGGAAACGCACCCUAGCAGGAAAUUGUCGCGUCUAUUUUCUAUGUAAACUUUAUAAAUGUCGCCAAAAAAAAAUCACUGGACAAGUAAAUGGAAACAUAGCUACUAGUGAUUUGAUGAUAACACUUUCGAAUGAGAACAUCACUUCAAUACAAUAUAACAUUUGGGAGCCUAGAAUUAGGAAUUAUUUACCUUUGAUUAUGCCACAACAGUUACAUGUCAUUAAUUAACGAAAUCAUACUGUAUCAUUUAUAGCCUAUAAUAUAUUCCUUGGUAGACUAUAAUUUGUAGAAUUUACCUUGGAUUAUGCGACUACUGUGACCUAUAUAAUAAUGUUAAUAAGAACCACAAAAGCUGGUAUUUUGUGUGUAAAUUCACUUUGGAUCAUCAGUGUAAUAAUUAAUGUAAAUAUUUCCUGCCAGUUGAGAUGAUCUUCGAUUUCCAGCUAAGUAUUUCCCAGAGGACGUUACAUUAUGAGGCAGAGGCGUGAGAGAGGAGAGUUCCACAGUUAAUGGCUAGCAUCUAGCCGCUAAUGGCUUCUCAACCAAUACUGCAGAGAUAGAGAGAAGAGAGAUAGAGGAUAGAGAGAGAGAGAUAGGAAGAGAGAGAGAGAAGGAGAGAGAGAGAGAGAGAGCGAGAGAGAGAGAGAGAAAAGAGAGAGGAGAGAUCGAGACGGAGAGAUACCUAUAUCCUACGAUCGCGAGAGAAGCGCUCUCUAUCAGAUAUCUAUCUAGAGAUAUAGGAGCGCGCAUAUCGGGUCGAGUAGUUAGGCCAAAGCGAGAUGGAGAGAGAGGACAAAAAGACAGGAGAGACAGAGAGACCGCUGGAAAGAGAAGAUGGAAAGAGAGAGAGAGAGGGAUGUAGAGAAAGAGAGAGAGAUGUAGAGAAAGAGAGAUGGAGAGAAAGAGAUAGCUUAUUGAGGCAAAUGUGAAGGCAGGUAUCAAGUUACAUUAUACACUAUACCAGCAGCUGCCUCAUGAAUGGGAGGCAAGGCCAGGUUGCUGUGUAUAUUGUGUUCAAGUGCAUUCAUAAUUUGAUGGACCUAUGAUUGCAUUUCAUUCAAGGAGAAUGCAUUGCUAGCCCAAGGCUUUCAAUCAUGUCUAAAGAUUAGUGUUAACUGUCCAAUUUAGCCUAUAAUGCCUUGGUGGAAAGGAGCACAGUUUGCUUCUAAAGCUGCCAUCCCAGUCUUCUCUUCUCAUCUCUAUAUAGAAACAGGAUAUUUUCCAUUCAUAUAUUAAGUCAAAAUGCCACAUUGUCCUGUUGUACCAGAAAGCUUAGUUCCUCCUGGCACAUACAGUCUGUCACAGUGCAGUGCAGAGAGCAGGCAGACAUCACAGUGGCUGGCGACCGCAUGUCUUGUCUGCUGUCACAGCUGAGCCACUGGCUUUGUGUGUGUGAUGUGUGUGUGUGUGGUGUGGUGUGUGUGUGGUGUGGUGUGUGUGUGGUGUGGUGUGGUGUGUGUGUGUGUGUGUGGUGUGUACUGUGUGUGUGGUGUGGUGUGGUGUGUGUGUGGUGUGGUGUGUGUGGUGUGUACUGUGUGCAGGGGUUGGAACCGGUUCAGGGAGCCACAUUUUCGAGGUACGGAAUCAGAACUGGGAAUGGAAGUUUCACAUUGGAUUUAUUAACUACAAAAAGCUUGUUAGCUAGCUAGCUCUGGUCUAAUGUUUAAGCCAACUCUAAAGUUCAAAGACAUUAACAGUUCCUUCAUAGAAGCUGCUCCUCCGUAGGUAGAAUUCUGUGGGCCUAAUUCAGAUAAUGCAUGUCAUAACAAGAUGCCCAACGCUUCAAGCCAAGCCUCCUCCUCAACCCUCUCUCGCUCGCUCCCUACCCGCAAAAUUUCAGUCGUGUCUCGCGCCCUACACUUUCCUGUCCAAUGCAUGUAAAAAACUAUAGCUUGCCUGCUCUAUAGCAAGCUGCUCUAUCCGCACUGAUUGCUGAAGUAAUUUAAUGUUGAGCUAAAUGUAAAAAAAAAUAUUUUAAAAGGAACAGAAAGGAACGAUAUAACCCGUAACUUUUUUUUGGGUUCAAACCGGUUCAGAACUUUAUUUUGCUGGUCGGAACAGUGGAAUGGAACCCAAAAAAGAAUGGUUCUGUUCAGAACGAAACAUUUGGAAAAUAAUUUUGUUUCCAACCUCUGAUUGUGUGUGUGUGUGUACCUAAAGCUGUCCUCACAUUGGCUACUAGUUAAUCAAUUUGUCUUCCACCAGCCGAUUGUUUGUCUUUGUCUAAUGAAUCAAGAUGGAGGGCUUUGUGGAACGGUGUGACAGACAGAGAGAGAGAGAGCAGGCAUGAGGGGAAGUCACCUCGGAGUAAGUGAUGAGUAUUAGAGUGGGGGGGGGGGGGGGGGUAUUAGAGUGUGUGUGGGGGGGGGGUUCACUCCUGAGUGGCGCAGUGGUAUAACUGUGCCACUAGAGAUCCUGGUUCGAAUCCAGGCUCUGUUGCAGCCGGCCGCGACCGGGAGACUCAUGGGCGGCGCACAAUUGGCCCAGCGUCGUCCAGGGUAGGGGAGGGAAUGGCCGGCAGGGAUGUAGCUCAGUUGAUAGAGCAUGGCGUUUGCAACACCAGGGUUGUGGGUUCGAUUCCCACGGGGGGCCAGUAUAAAAAAAUAUGUAUUCACUAACUGUAAGUCGCUCUGGAUAAGAGCGUCUGCUAAAUGACUAAAAUGUAAAUGUAAAAUCUACCUGUUGGUAGGUUUAUAACCACGUGUUGUUCAGUAUAAUGGAGAACAUAGUCAAAUGGUUAUUUUCCCCAACAAUGUUAACUCACGGACACCAUCCCACUUCUGACACCAAUGUAACGAACAGAGACAGUACAACCAACACCCUUUGAGGGUCACGAACCUGGGUCUGUCAGCCCAUACGCAAACUGCUCCAAUAGAGUUUAACCUACUUGGGGGAGCCUACCCAGGCAGGGGUCGGUACAAUAUUAAUGCAUGCUCACUGUGAACAUGUCUACAUUAUGUCCACCGCACAUAGGAGGACGACCAUCUUGUUAUUUCCUUUAUAGCCUCUGUAUUCCCAGAGAGCUCCUUGGUCUGCGGCUGAACCCCACCCAGGUAAUGUGAUUUCAGGCUGGUCCCGGAUCUGUUUGUGUGGUACAGCCAACUCCUAUGGUCGUUAAUGUGAUGUUAAAGAGCAGAUAGAGGCAAAGACAAUUAUAUCCAUCAUCACAGGACAGACAGGAGCAAUACAUUCCAUCUACCUCCAUAACAGCUGGGCGUAGAGACAGUAGCAUUGCAUACAAUCUUUACCAUCUCUGACUGGGCGUAGGGACAGUAGCAUAGCAUACAAUCUUUACCAUCUCUGACUGGGCGUAGAGACCGUAGCAUAGCAUACAAUCUUUACCAUCUCUGACUGGGCGUAGAGACAGUAGCAUAGCAUACAAUCUUUACCAUCUCUGACUGGGCGUAGAGACAGUAGCAUAGCAUACAAUCUUUACCAUCUCUGACUGGGCGUAGAGACAGUAGCAUAGCAUACAAUCUUUACCAUCUCUGACUGGGCGUAGGGACAGUAGCAUAGCAUACAUCUUUACCAUCUCUGACUGGACAUAGAGACAGUAGCAUAGCAUACAUCUUUACCAUCUCUGACUGGGCGUAGGGACAGUAGCAUAGCAUACAUCUUUACCAUCUCUGACUGGACAUAGAGACAGUAGCAUAGCAUACAAUCUUUACCAUCUCUGACUGGGCGUAGAGACAGUAGCAUAGCAUACAAUCUUUACCAUCUCUGACUGGGCGUAGAGACAGUAGCAUAGCAUACAAUCUUUACCAUCUCUGACUGGGCGUAGAGACAGUAGCAUAGCAUACAAUCUUUACCAUCUCUGACUGGACAUAGAGACAGUAGCAUAGCAUCAGGGUUUCCGUUAGCCGGUAAUAGCCUAAAAAAAAAUCCCAUUGCGAAAUAAUGCUUUUUAGCCUAUUCAUUAAUGGAAAUACCAGUUGAUGGAAAUACAUUUGACUGGUCAUGCUUAUCGGUCUACAGGUCAAUUAGCAUAAUUGAAUGGAAUUAAAUUGGCGCGUGUGUAGCCUACAGUAUAUUAGUUAUGGAUCGUAUUUAUCACACGCUUACAGCAUACAGAUACAGAGGCUUUGAGCGGGAAAAAUCUGUCAGACAGCGCGAGAGCUGCUGCUAAAAGAGCCACAUUUUCUCCUCUCCUCCUGACUGCAGGUGCUGCCAAAUAGAUUGAAUAGAACAGACGUCCCCCAUUUCAAGGUAAUGAUGGUAUAAUGGGUGGACUCCCGUAGGAGCAAAGCAGGAAGUAGAAGCAGGAAGUUGUACCCAUCGAUAUGUGCUGUGAUUUUGUUUAUUCAAUUGACAUUACAAAAAAAAUACAUUCCAUUGCAUGAGCCACAUCAGUUAAUCAUUUGAAUAAACAGUGUACAUUAUCAGGCAGCCGUUGCGAGUGUACCCAUGAGUUUACCAGUCAAAUUGCCAGGGUUAAGUCGUCCGCAUACAUAGGCUUGGUUUGCUCCCUAGCAGAACUCGGCUAGGCGAAGUGAACAUCUGUGCUAGGAUACUCCUUUAAAAUACCUUCGCUUGAAAAAACGAGACAAAAGCGGCAACAUUACUGUUUGUCCCUCUUGAAACGCCGUAGCCAGUACACUUCCUCAAAAUAGUCUGAAUUAAUCUAAGAUAACUCAAGAAAUUUAUUUUAUUUCACCUUUAUUUAACUAGGUAAGCCAGUUGAGAACAAGUUCUCAUUUACAACUGCGACCUGGCCAAGAUAAAGCAAAGCAGUGCGAUAAAAACAACAACACAGAGUUACAUAUGGGGUAAAAAAAACAUAAGGUCAUAAAAUACAACAGAAAAUAUAUAUACAGUGUGUGCAAAUGUAGCAAGUUAUAGAGGUAAGGCAAUAAAUAGGCUAUAGUGCAAAAUAAUUACAAUUAGUAUUAUUAAUUUAGCAUUAAUUUAGAAGUUUUUGCUGAGGAGGUCUUAAUCACGCAAUUUUACAUCUAACUAAGAUGUUUGGUGCAGUAUUUCUUAAGUGAAAAAAUGUGCAUGAAAACUAGUUGUCUGUCGUUGAACAAACACUUAAUUGAAGAAUCCUUACUGUUGACCAAUCUCCGAUGAAGUGGCAUAGAGUUCGGCUACCGAACUUCGACAAGCUUCAAGAAAAAAUUGUGUGCGCUCGAACAGCCGAAAAAACUCUGCCGAACACCAAAAUGAAAAACAAAUUAUCACAAAAUGCUGUCAUAAUAUAUGCGUGAACUGUUUUGACUGGGAAGCAUAUGGUAAGCUUUAGAGGUUCCAAGCCCAUUCAUUCUAUUUCUAUGUGCUGCUGCAUUGUGGGGGUCGUUGCCUAGGCGUUAGCUACAAGAAAUGUUAAUGUUACAUUUGUCAUACGCUCUUAUUUAGAGCGACUUACAGUGGUGAGAGCAUACAUUUUUUUCAGUCAAGUGGAGUGGUCCUCUGUAGCUCAGCUGGUAGAGCAUGGCGCUUGUAACGCCAAGGUAGUGGGUUCGAUCCCCGGGACUACCCAUACACAAAAAAAAUGUAUGCACGCAUGACUGUAAGUCGCUUUGGAUAAAAGCGUCUGCUAAAUGGCAUAUUAUAUUAUAUUAUUAUUAUAAAACAAGGUUGUCCAUUAUCAGCAUAUCUAUUUAUUAUGGCCAUCGAAAUGUUAGCUAUUAAAAUCAGAUCCAACAAUAAUAUCAAGGGAUUAGAAAUCCAGGGCUUAAAAACAAAGGUGUCAUUGUACACUGAUGAUUCAUGUUUUCUUUUAAAUCCACAACUUUAAUCCCCCCACAGCCUCAUAGAGGAUCUAGAUACAUUUUCUAACCACUCUGGAUUACAACCAAAUUAUGAUAAAUGUACUAUAUUACGUUUGGAUCACUAAAAAAUAAAAAUGUUACAUUACCAUGUAGUUUACCAAUAAAAUGGUCUGAUGGUGAUGUGGAUAUACUCAGAAUACAUAUCCCAAAUGAAAUAAAUGAUCUCACUCCAAUACAUUUUGAUAGAAAGUUAGAAAAAAUAGAUAAGAUCUUGCUACCAUGGAAAGAUAAAUACCUGUUAAUUUGUGGAAAAAUCACCCUGAUUAACUCUUUAGUAUUAUCCCAGUUUACCUAUUUGCUUAUGGUCUUGCCUACGCCUAGCGAACAGUUUUAAAAAUUAUAUGAGAAAAAAAUAUUCAAUUUUAUUUGGAACGGCAAGCCAGACAAAAUUAAACGGGCCGAUUUAUAUAAUAAAUAUGAAUUCGGAGGACAGAAAUGAUUAAAUAUUAAAGCAUUAGACCUAUCACUAAAAGCUUCAGUCAUACAAAAGUUAUACUUCAAUCCGAACUGGUUCUCUAGCAAAUUAGUAAGAUUGUCUCACCCAAUGUUCAAGAAUGGCCUUUUUCCCUUUAUUCAGAUUACAACCUCUCUCUUUCAGUUAUUUGAAAAGGAAAUAAUCUCCCAAAUAUCACUAUUUCUAAAACAAGCCAUAGAAAGUUGGUUGCAAUUUCAAUUUAAUCCUCCAGAAAUGACAGAACAAAUAACGCAACAAAUAUUGUGGUUAAACUCAAAUAUACUAAUUGAUAAAAAAAACAUUAUUUUUUUACAAAAUGUUUUAAAAAGGUAUAAUCUUUGUAAAUGAUAUCACAGGUAGGACUGGUGGAGUUAUGUCGCACAUGCAGCUAACAAAAACAUAUGGAAAUGUCUGCUCUACCCAAAAUUACAACCAAAUAAUUGCAGCAUUACCGCAAAAAUGGAAGAGGAAAGUGGAAGGGUGAAAAAGUAAGGAACUUGUCUGUCGGCCUUGCAUUAAAGAACAUAACUGGUUAAAGAAAAUUGUGAUAAAUAAAAAAGUAUACCAGUUUCAUUUAAGGACCAAAGGAUUGACAGCCGUCCCAUAUAGAUUGCAAAAUAGUUGGGAAGAGAUUUUUGAGGUACCGAUUCCAUGGCAUAGUGUUUAUGAACUGAUACGCAAAACGAUGCCGGAUUCAAAACUUAGAAUUUUUCAAUUUUCAAUGAUUAUAUAAAAUUCUUGCUACCAAUAGAAUGUUAUUUAUAUGGGGGAUACAAUCUUCCCAGCUCUGCAGAUUUUGCUGCGAAGAGACAGAAUCAUUAGAUCAUUUGUUUUGGUACUGUCCAAUUGUAGCUUGUUUUUGGACACAGGUCCAGAAAUGGCUAAAGGAUUGGAAUAUUUACCUGGAGCUAACCCUGCAGAUAGCACUACUGGGUGAUCUGAAAAGUCAUAGUCAAACAAUCAAUAAUAUAAUAAUACUUUUAGCAAAAAUGUUUAUUUUCAAUUUACAAUCUGUAGAAAGAAUGAGAAUAGAAGGGUUCAGAACUUUUGUAAAACAUCACAGUACAGUUGAAAAAUAUAUGGCAAAUAGAAAUCCAAUAUGGAUGGUGUUAAGAGAUAGAUGGGAGGUGUUGAAUGGAGUUGAAGGAUGGGACUAAUAACAACUAACAAAAACUAAUAACAACAAGAUAACUAAUGUAAAGCAUACUGUGUCCAUAAUAAGUAUAUAGGUUAUAGGUUGAGAGCUUUUGUGAAAGAGCACAGUUAGAAAGAUAUGGCAUAUAGAAGCAAACCGGAUGGACAUCAUGAGAAUGAUCGUUGAGGUUGAGGGUAGAGGAGGUUCAGGCGAAAAAACAAACAAAAUAGAAUUAUUGUAAAAUUGACUGUGUCCAUAAAAUGUAUAUAGUAUGUGUAAGCUGGAAGUAGAGGCCUAAGCGUUGUUGUUCACUAGUUUACUCCAAUUAGGGAAGGGGUGGUGGUGUUGGAAAGUAAUAAAGGGAAAUAUAUAUUUUUUAAAGGAUAUGUAUAUACAGUGGGGGAAAAAAGUAUUUAGUCAGCCACCAAUUGUGCAAGUUCUCCCACUUAAAAAGAUGGGAGAGGCCUGUAAUUUUCAUCAUAGGUACACGUCAACUAUGACAAUUGAGAAUUUUUUUUCCAGAAAAUCACAUUGUAGAAUUGAUUGAUGAAUUUUUAAUGAAUUUAUUUGCAAAUUAUGGUGGAAAAUAAGUAUUUGGUCACCUACAAACAAGCAAGAUUUCUGGCUCUCACAGACCUGUAACUUAUUCUUUAAGAGGCUCCUCUGUCCUCCACUCGUUACCUGUAUUAAUGGCACCUGUUUGAACUUGUUAUCAGUAUAAAAGACACCUGUCCACAACCUCAAACAGUCACACUCCAAACUCCACUAUGGCCAAGACCAAAGAGCUGUCAAAGGACACCAGAAACAAAAUUGUAGACCUGCACCAGGCUGGGAAGACUGAAUCUGCAAUAGGAAAGCAGCUUGGUUUGAAGAAAUCAACUGUGGGAGCAAUUAUUAGGAAAUGGAAGACAUACAAGACCACUGAUAAUCUCCCUCGAUCUGGGGCUCCACGCAAGAUCUCACCCCGUGGGGUCAAAAUGAUCACAAGAACGGUGAGCAAAAAUCCCAGAACCACACGGGGGGACCUAGUGAAUGACCUGCAGAGAGCUGGGACCAAAGUAACAAAGCCUACCAUCAGUAACACACUACGCCGCCAGGGACUCAAAUCCUGCAGUACCAGACGUGUCCCCCUGCUUAAGCCAGUACAUGUCCAGGCCCGUCUGAAGUUUGCUAGAGUGCAUUUGGAUGAUCCAGAAGAGGAUUGGGAGAAUGUCAUAUGGUCAGAUGAAACCAAAAUAUAACUUUUUGUUUGGAGGACAAAGAAUGCUGAGUUGCAUCCAAAGAACACCAUACCUACUGUGAAGCAUGGGGGUGGAAACAUCAUGCUUUGGGGCUGUUUUUCUGCAAAGGGACCAGGACGACUGAUCCGUGUAAAGGAAAGAAUGAAUGGGGCCAUGUAUCGUGAGAUUUUGAGUGAAAACCUCCUUCCAUCAGCAAGAGCAUUGAAGAUGAAACGUGGCUGGGUCUUUCAGCAUGACAAUGAUCCCAAACACACCGCCCGGGCAAUGAAGGAGUGGCUUCGUAAGAAGCAUUUCAAGGUCCUGGAGUGGCCUAGCCAGUCUCAAGAUCUCAAACCCAUAUAAAAUCUUUGGAGGGAGUUGAAAGUCCGUGUUUCCCAGCGACAGCCCCAAAACAUCACUGCUCUAGAGGAGAUCUGCAUGGAGGAAUGGGCCAAAAUACCAGCAACAGUGUGUGAAAACCUUGUGAAGACAACAAAGGGUAUAUAACAAAAGUAUUGAGAAACUUUUGUUAUUGACCAAAUACUUAUUUUCCACCAUAAUUUGCAAAUAAAUUCAUUAAAAAUCCUACAAUGUGAUUUUCAGGAUUUUUUUUCUCAAUUUGUCUGUCAUAGUUGACGUGUACCUAUGUCUCCCGAGUGGCGCAGUGGUCUAAGGCACUGCAUCGCAGUGCUAGCUGUGCCACUAGAGAUCCUGGUUCGAAUCCAGGCUCUGUCAUAGCCGGCCGCGACCGGGAGACCCAUGGGGCGGCGCACAAUUGGCCCAGCGUCGUCUAGGGUAGGGGAGGGAAUGGCCGGCAGGGGAUGUAGCUCAGUUGGUAGAGCAUGGCGUUUGCAACGCCAGGGUUGUGGGUUCGAUUCCCACGGGGGGUAUAAAAAAAAUAAAAAAUAAUAAUAAUGUAUGCACUCACUAAUUGUAAGUUGCUCUGGAUAAGAGCGUCUCCUAAAUGACGUAAAUGUAAAUGUAAUGAAAAUUACAGGCCUCUCAUCUUUUUUAGUGGGAGAACUUGCACAAUUGGUGGCUGACUAAAUACUUUUUUCCCCCACUGUACAUGUAUGUAUAUGUGUUUAUAUGUAUGUAUGUAUGUAUGUGUAUAUGUAUGUAUAUGUAUGUAUAUAUAAUGCAGACAAUUACAUUGAUGGAAGUUACAAUCUAUCUGCAAUUUUAAAGCUGAUCUACCCCCUUAAAAAAUAAAAUAAAAUACAAAUAAGUUCCUCGCUCAAGGGCACAUCGACAGAUUUUUCACCUAGCCGGCUCGGGGAUUCAAACCAGAGACCUUUCGGUUACUGGCCUAACGCUCUUAACCACUAGCUACUUUCCAGACUACACAACUGAUUCAAAUAACCAACUCAUCAUCAAGCUUUGAUUGUUUGACUCAGCUGUGUAGUGCUAGGGCGAAAACCACAAUGUGCACCCAUGGGGCCCCCAGGACCCAGUUUGGGAAACCUUGCCUUCACUCUAAUGUGGGGGAUAGAUUUUUCCUCCGCCUCAAAUCAGAAAUAAUUGCCAGGGUUUGUUUGAGUAGGCAAAAGUGGUGCGGUGCAACAGGUUCAGGAAAGUGAAAGAGGAAAGAGCAUCAUGAGUUUUAAACCUCUUUAAACCUUUAACCUUUAGAACCUCGGGGCCUGGCUGGCAGAAUGAAAAGGUCAAAGGAAUAAUGGAACGCUGGAGUAGACUACUGCAAAGAUGGCCUCUUUCUCUCUCUCUCACACACACACACACACACACACACACACACACACACACACACACACACACACACACACACACGCACACGCACACACACACAGACACAGACACAGACACACACACACAGACACACACACACAGACACACACACACACACACACACACACACACAGACACACACACAGACACACACACACACACACACACACACACAGACACACACACACACACACACACACAGACACACACAGGCACACACACACACACACACACACACACACACACACACACACACACACACACACACACACACACACUUCUCUUUCCCCCUCUCUUCCCUCCUCUCCGCGUCUCCAUUUUCUACAUCAAAGAAUUUUCUCCAUCAAAGCAUUUUCCUCAUCUCAUCAAUAAUAAUUGUUAUAAUUUCAAAGCACAUUAUCUCCCACCCUGUUAUAAUGUAGUUAUGUAAGUUCAAUCAGUAAGGCUGGUCUGAAUGGAUCGUCACUUUUCAUUCAUCUAGUAAACUCAUAUAAUUCACAUCGCUUCCUAUCUCACUCAUCAGCAUAGCAGGUAUUUAUAGGGUUGUGUCAUAAUGGUCCCUCAUUAGCAUAGCAGGUAUUUAUAGGCUAGUGUCAUAAUGGUCCCUCAUUAGCAUAGCAGGUAUUUAUAGGCUAGUGUCAUAAUGGUCCCUCAUUAGCAUAGCAGGUAUUUAUAGGCUAGUGUCAUAAUGGUCCCUCAUUAGCAUAGCAGGUAUUUAUAGGCUAGUGUAAUAAUGGUCCCUCAUUAGCAUAGCAGGUAUUUAUAGGCUAGUGUCAUAAUGGUACCUCAUUAGCAUAGCAGGUAUUUAUAGGGUUGUGUCAUAAUGGUCCCUCAUUAGCAUAGCGUCACGUCCUUCCUCCUCCUUUACUAUUAGCAAGUGUGCAUUUAUUAACUUCAGCCUAUGAGCAUGACACACUAAAGCAGUUCCACCAAGCUUCCUGAUUAACCUAUGGCCUCACUGGUGCAAUAAUCACUUUCCUUUCUUUUAACCAAUGGGCAUGAAUCUAGCGGAGUAUUUAUACACUACCAGUCAAAAGUUUGGACACACCUACUCAUUCAAGGGUUUUUCUUUAUUUUUACUAUUUUCUACAUUGUACAAUAAUAGUGAAGACAUCAAAAUGAUGAAAUAACACAUAUGGAAUCAUGUAGUAACCAAAAAAGUGUUAAACAAAUCAAAUAUUUGAGAUUCUUCAAAUAGCCACCCUUUGCCUUGACGACAGCUUUGCACACUCUUGGCAUUCACUCAACCAGCUUCACCUGGAAUGCUUUUCCAACAGUCUUGAAGGAGUUCCCACAUAUGCUGAGCACUUGUUGGCUGCUUUUCCUUCACUCUGCCGUCCGACUCACCCCAAACCAUCUCAAUUGGGUUGAGGUCGGAGGAUUGUGGAGGCCAGGUCAUCAUGUUGCAGCACUCCAUCACUCUCCUUCUUGGUAAAAUAGCCCUUUACACAGCCUGGAGGUGUGUUGGGUCAUUGUCCUGUUGAAAAACAAAUGAUAGUCCCACUAAGGCCAAACCAGAUGGGAUGGCGUAUCGUUACAGAAUGCUGUGGUAGCCAUGCUGGUUAAAUGUGCCUUGAAUUCUAAAUAAAUAACAGACAGUGUCACCAGCAAAGCACCCCCACACCAUCACACCUCCUCCUCCAUGCUUUACGAUGGGAAAUACACAUGCGGAGAUCAUCCGUUUACCCACACCGCAUCUCACAUAGCCAUGGCGGUUAGAACCAAAAAUCUCCAAUUUGGACAAAUUUCCACCGAUCUAAUGUCCAUUGCUCUUGUUUCUUGGCCCAAGCAAGUCUCUUCUUCUUAUUGGUGUUCUUUAGUAGUGGUUUCUUUGCAGUAAUUCGACCAUGAAGACCUGAUUCACACAGUCCCCUCUGAACAGUUGAUGUUGAGAUGUGUCUGUGACUUGAACUCUGUGAAGCAUUUAUUUGGGCAGCAAUUUCUGAGGCUGUUAACUUUAAUACAUUUAUCCUCUGCAGCAGAGGUAACUCUGGGUCUUCCAUUCCUGUGGCGGUCCUCAUGAGAGCCAGUUUCAUCAUAGUGCUUGAUGGUUUUUGCAACUGCACUUGAGGAAACUUUCAAUGUUCUUGAAAUUUCCCGUAUUGACUGACCUUCAUGACUUAAAGUAAUGAUGGACUGUCGUUUCUCUUUGCUUAUUUGAGCUGUUCUUGCCAUAAUAUGGACUUGGUGUAUUACCAAAUAGGGCUAUGUUCUGUAUACCCCCGCUACCUUGUCACAACACAAGUGAUUGGCUCAAAUGCAUUAAGAAGGAAAGAAAUUCCACAUAUUAACUUUUAAGAAGGCACACCUGUUAAUUGAAAUGCAUUCCAGGUGACUACCUCAUGAAGCUGGUUGAGAGAAUGGUGGCUAUUUGAAGAAUCUCAAAUAUACAAUAUAUUUUGAUUUGUUUCACACUUUUUCGGUUACUACAUGAUUCCAUAUGUGUUAUUCCAUAGCUUUGAUGUCUUCACUAUUAUUCUACAAUGUAGAAAAUAGUAAAAAAUAAAGAAAAACCCAUGAAUGAGUAGGUGUGUCCAAACUUUUGACUGGUACUGUAUGUCAACUCAAAACCUUGUCUCUCACUUGCUGUUUUGUAGCAACAGUCUUCCAACGACCAGUGUAUUCUGUCUCUGUUGUCAUUCAGUUAAGCCUGUACUGGAUUGAAUUACCGCAGGUUCCAGAUCAGUGCCUCUAUCUCCCUCCCUGUUAUGUUACCGCAGGUUCCAGAUCAGUACCACUAUCUCCCUCCCUGUUAUAAUACCGCAGGUUCCAGAUCAGUGCCUCUAUCUCCCUCCCUGUUAUGUUACCGCAGGUUCCAGAUCAGUACCACUAUCUCCCUCUCUGUUAUGUUACCGCAGGUUCCAGAUCAGUGCCUCCCCUAAAAAGAUGAUUAACAUCAGACAGUAAUCCAGUGAGGUUAUGUUUGCUGUUUAUUCUAAUGUGGGCUAAGCUGUUUGUACACUGUCUGGAAGAGAGCAAGGGCUCCUUGCUGUGAAAUCAUUAGACGCAUCAGAGCAGGAAAUAAUACAGUCUUAGAGUGUGUGUGUGUGUGUGUGUGUGUGUGUGUGUGUGUGUGUGUGUGUUGUGUGUGUGUGUGUGUGUGUGUGUUGUGUGUGUGUGUGUGUGUGUGAACGACAGUCAUGUCUGGAAUUACCCACAGUAAAAGCAAAACAGCUCUCAGGCAUAGCAGCCUUCAAACAGGUAACACAGAGAUAUCAGUCUUUUGGAUGUUAUUCGACUUUAAAGCACCAAUUCUGGGUCUGUUGGUUUGGUAUCAAGCUGAGAGAUGGGGCUGGGAAACUAGAACCGCUCAAACUCAUAGACAGAUCUAUGGAAGCAAAGACUGGCAGUCCAUGAUAUCCACAUAUCAUUAUCAGGAUCUACAUUUUGAUCAAUAUCAUGAUCGUCAUCAGUAUCAACAUUUUGAUCAAUAUCAGGAUCGACAUUUUGAUCAAUAUCAUGAUCGUCAUCAGUAUCAACAUUUUGAUCAAUAUCAUGAUCGUUAUCAGGAUCAAUAUUUUGAAACUAUACAACUAGCUCUAUUAUUUGUUUAUAAAGACUGAAAUGACAACAAAACAAGCAGUUGUACUAAACUCAUAAUAUUUUUCAAGAGUCCAUGGGUAUAGAUUAUUAACUGAAAUAACCAUUGAACAGCAGGGAAUAUCCCAGAUCGAACAGCAGGGAAUAUCCCAGAUUGAACAGCAGGGAAUAUCCCAGAUCGAACAGCAGGGAAUAUCCCAGAUCGAACAGCAGGGAAUAUCCCAGAUUGAACAGCAGGGAAUAUCCCAGAUCGAACAGCAGGGAAUAUCCCAGAUCGAACAGCAGGGAAUAUCCCAGAUCGAACAGCAGGGAAUAUCCCAGAUUGAACAGCAGGGAAUAUCCCAGAUUGAACAGCAGGGAAUAUCCCAGAUUGAACAGCAGGGAAUAUCCCAGAUCGAACAGCAGGGAAUAUCCCAGAUUGAACAGCAGGGAAUAUCCCAGAUCGAACAGCAGGGAAUAUCCCAGAUUGAACAGCAGGGAAUAUCCCAGAUUGAACAGCAGGGAAUAUCCCAGAUUGAACAGCAGGGAAUAUCCCAGAUCGAACAGCAGGGAAUAUCCCAGAUCGAACAGCAGGGAAUAUCCCAGAUUGAACAGCAGGGAAUAUCCCAGAUCGAACAGCAGGGAAUAUCCCAGAUCGAACAGCAGGGAAUAUCCCAGAUUGUGCUUUAUGGAAGCAGAGAGAGUAUACUACUGUAGGUCAGGCAGGGCAGCAAAUAUCACUAGUUAUUUUACAGACAAUAUGAAUUUAGAUGACACACUAACCACUGGACUCUAAUCUAUCCUCUGUGUGCCUCUUCUCCUCCCAGCUAGCUGCACAUUAAAUCAAAUACAAUUGUAUUCGUCACAUGCUUUGUAAACAACAGGUGUAGACUAACAGUGAAGUGCUUACUUCCGGGCCCUUCCAAACAAUGUAGAGAGAAAGAAAAUAGAGAAAUAAUAGAAAAGUAAUAAUAACUACACAAUGAGUAACGAUAGUUUAGCUAGAUACACUGGGUACCAGUACCAAGUCCAUGUGCAGGGGUACGGGGUAAUUGUGGUAGAUAUGUACAUAUAGCUAGGAAUAAAGGGACUAGGCAACAGGAUAGAUAAUAAACACUAACAGCAGUGUAUGUGAUGAGUCAAAAAAGUUAGUGCAAAAAAGGGUUAUUACUAGGGUAAUUAUUAGGUUCAUUACUGCUCAUGAAGAUAGUUUCUGUACAUUUACGUCAUUUAGCAGACGCUCUUAUCCAGAGCGACUUACAGUUUUAGUGAGUGCAUACAUUUUUCAUACUGUCCCCCCACGUGGGAAUCGAACCCACAACCCUGGCGUUGCAAGCGCCAUGCUCUACCAACUGAGCUACAGGAGGCCCCGUCUUCUCACUAUAAGAUCAGAUAUUCUCUCUCGCUACAUUUUCAGCCAUUCUUUUCACUUGAGCUCAAUGGACCCUGUUUGAUUGUGUAAUGUUAUGGAAUGUUCUACAUUGCCAUGAAGGAUGUGUACCAGUACAGCUCGGCUUGGCGAAAAGGGUGCAACAGUACUGUCAACACAGCCGGCGGUAGAAGCUGGGGAGUUUUUUUUUUUCUCUCUCUCUCUCGGAGGUGGGAGGUAGCAUCUGGGGAGUCCUCACAGAUUCCCAUCACUUCCAGCUGUUUAGCUUCACAGUGACACUGUUUCACGGGGCAGUGGAACAGCCUUGUGUGGACAGCACAAUGGCAUAACAGCUGGAGACCUAAUAAGAGCAGUCACUGCUGAUUUAAUGUCCAACUGGAUCAUAUACAGUGGGGGAAAAAAAGUAUUUAGUCAGCCACCAAUUGUGCAAGUUCUCCCACUUAAAAAGACGAGAGAGGCCUGUAAUUUUCAUCAUAUGUACACGUCAACUAUGACAGACAAAUUGAGAGGAAAAAUCCAGAAAAUCACAUUGUAGGAUUUUUAAUGAAUUUAUUUGCAAAUUAUGGUGGAAAAUAAGUAUUUGGUCACCUACAAACAAGCAAGAUUUCUGGCUCUCACAGACCUGUAACUUCUUCUUUAAGAGGCUCCUCUGUCCUCCACUCGUUACCUGUAUUAAUGGCACCUGUUUGAACUUGUUAUCAGUAUAAAAGACACCUGUCCACAACCUCAAACAGUCACACUACAAACUCCACUAUGGUCAAGACCAAAGAGCUGUCAAAGGACACCAGAAACAAAAUUGUAGACCUGCACCAGGCUGGGAAGACUGAAUCUGCAAUAGGUAAGCAGCUUGGUUUGAAGAAAUCAACUGUGGGAGCAAUUAUUAGGAAAUGGAAGACAUACAAGACCACUGAUAAUCUCCCUCGAUCUGGGGCUCCACGCAAGAUCUCACCCCGUGGGGUCAAAAUGAUCACAAGAACGGUGAGCAAAAAUCCCAGAACCACACGGGGUGACCUAGUGAAUGACCUGCAGAGAGCUGGGACCAAAGUAACAAACCCUACCAUCAGUAACACACUACGCCGCCAGGGACUCAAAUCCUGCAGUGCCAGACGUGUGCCCCUGCUUAAGCCAGUACAUGUCCAGGCCCGUCUGAAGUUUGCUAGAGUGCAUUUGGAUGAUCCAGAAGAGGAUUGGGAAAAUGUCAUAUGGUCAGAUGAAACCAAAAUAGAACUUUUUGGUAAAACUCAACUCGUCGUGUUUGGAGGACAAAGAAUGCUGAGUUGCAUCCAAAGAACACCAUACCUACUGUGAAGCAUGGGGGUGGAAACAUCAUGCUUUGGGGCUGUUUUUCUGCAAAGGGACCAGGACGACUGAUCCGUGUAAAGGAAAGAAUGAAUGGGGCCAUGUAUCGUGAGAUUUUGAGUGAAAACCUCCUUCCAUCAGCAAGGGCAUUGAAGAUGAAACGUGGCUGGGUCUUUCAGCAUGACAAUGAUCCCAAACACACCGCCCGGGCAACGAAGGAGUGGCUUUGUAAGAAGCAUUUCAAGGUCCUGGAGUGGCCUAGCCAGUCUCCAGAUCUCAACCCCAUAGAAAAUCUUUGGAGGGAGUUGAAAGUCUGUGUUGCCCAGCGACAGCCCCAAAACAUCACUGCUCUAGAGGAGAUCUGCAUGGAGGAAUGGGCCAAAAUACCAGCAACAGUGUGUGAAAACCUUGUGAAGACUUACAGAAAACGUUUGACCUGUGUCAUUGCCAACAAAGGGUAUAUAACAAAGUAUUGAGAAGCUUUUGUUAUUGACCAAAUACUUAUUUUCCACCAUAAUUUGCAAAUAAAUUCAUAAAAAAUCCUACAAUGUGAUUUUUUGGAUUUUUUUUCCUCAUUUUGUCUGUCAUAGUUGACGUGUACAUAUGAUAAAUUACAGGCCUCUCUCAUCUUUUUAAGUGGGAGAACUUGCACAAUUGGUGGCUGACUAAAUAUUUCCCCCCCCCACUGUAUCUGUAGUGAAGCAGGUGGCUGUGAACCCAGUUACUCCUGCUGUCUCUCUGUGAACCCAGUUACAUUUACAUUUUAGUCAUUUAGCAGACGCUCUUAUCCAGAGCGACUUACAGUUAGUGAGUGCAUACAUUAUUUUUUUAUUUUUCAUUGUGGGAAACUAACCCACAACCCUGGCGUUGCAAACGCCAUGCUCUACCAACUGAGCUACAUCCCUGCCGGCCAUUCCCUACCCUAACCUGGACGACGCUGGGCCAAUUGUGCGCCGCCCCAUGGGUCUCCCGGUCGCGGCCGGCUAUGACAGAGCCUGGAUUCGAACCAGGAUCUCUAGUGGCACAGCUAGCACUGCGAUGCAGUGCCACUGCGCCACUCGAGAGUUACUCCUGCUUUCUCUCUCUGUGAACCCAGUUACUCCUGCUGUCUCUCUCAGUGAACCCAGUUACUCCUGCUGUCUCUCUCAGUGAACCCAGUUACUCCUGCUGUCUCUCUGAACCCAGUUACUCCGAACGUCUCUCUCUGUGAACCCAGUUACUCCUGCUGUCUCUCUCAGUGAACCCAGUUACUCCUGCUGUCUCUCUGUGAACCCAGUUACUCCUGCUGUCUCUCUCUGUGAACCCAGUUACUCCUGCUGUCUCUCUCUGUGAACCCAGUUACUCCUGCUGUCUCUUUCUGUGAACCUAGUUACUCCUGCUGUCUCUCUGUGAACCCAGUUACUCCUGCUGUCUCUCUGUGAACCCAGUUACUCCUGCUGUCUCUCUCUGUGAACCCAGUUACUCCUGCUGUCUCUCUCUGUGAACCCAGUUACUCCUGCUGUCUCUCUCUGUGAACCCAGUUACUCCGAACGUCUCUCUCUGUGAACCCAGUUACUCCUGCUGUCUCUCUGUGAACCCAGUUACUCCUGCUGUCUCUCUCU